AUGUCCAAGAACACAGAACUGAUCCAUGAGACCGAAGAAAACUCGUUUCCGCAAGAAAGAAGCCGAAGAGAACCUAUGUCUGCAAGGCAUUCGGCCACAACAGCCACAAUCACCACCAAGAAGAGGUUGAACGGGGACGACAAGGUCAUCAAGUUCCGGUGCGACUUCCCCUCGACGCAGGUUAGGGUAAUGUUGGCCAGAGGAUGGAUCCAGGUAACAGACCCCAUCGACCAGAACUGGCAUCUCUGGUGGUGUGAGAUCAACGAUGUUCGUCAGGCUUUGGACAUGAAGUUGACUGCCCAUCAAAAGAUACCUCAUUUCCGCAAUCAUUAUGAAUUGACGCGGAAGAAUUAUCUUUACAGAAACAUGAAGAGAUACAAGAAAUUGUUAAUGAAAUCGAAGAAGAUCGAAGAGGCUCAAAUGUGCGACAGUAUGCCAUUGACUUUUGAAUUGCCAAACGAUUAUAGAUUGUUUACGGAAGAAUAUCAUAAACAACCUGGUUCUACAUGGAUUGUGAAACCUGCAGGAAGAUCACAGGGUAGAGGUAUCUUCCUAUUCAGGAAGUUAAAGGAUUUAUCCGAGUGGCGCAGCAAGGAAUUCGGUAGUUCACAGAUCGAAUUGUCCCCAAUUGAGACUUUCAUCGUGCAAAAAUACGUGGAGAAUCCUUACCUCCUGGCAGGGAGGAAAUUCGAUUUACGUAUUUACACUCUGGUGACCUCGUUUCAUCCCUUGAAAGCAUGGCUGGCCAGAGAGGGUUUCGCACGAUUAUCGAGCGAAUUAUUCGACCUGGAUAAUAUCGAUGAUAGCAGAGUGCAUCUGACCAACAUGGCUAUACAGCUCAAGAUCCAUGGUGAUGAGAAGAAGAACCAUUCAAAGAAAGGGUAUAAAUGGGCGCUGAUCAAGGUCAGGGAAUAUUUGACUGCAAGACACGGGCCAAAGGAGGUGGAAAUUUUAUUCCAACGAAUCGCUGGUGUAAUAAUGGCCAGCUUGCUCUCCGUGCAAUCAGUAAUCAUGCAGGGCAGAAACUCGUUCGAGUUGUACGGCUACGAUAUACUGCUCGACGAGGAUCUGAAGCCUUGGUUGCUCGAAGUGAAUGCCUCGCCAGCUUUGACCGGCACCGACAGUGAAGAUUAUCGGCUCAAGUUCGAUCUCCUCGACGACACGUUGAAUAUUCUCGACUUUGAAGGACGUUUCUGCGGCAGGGAAACAAGGAUCGGUGGAUUCGAUCUAUUGUGGAAUGAUGGCCCAGUAUGGACUAUUUGUCCAAAUUCGUCUGUUUGCGGCGAACCACUUGGAGAUUUGAAAAAGCUUAAUAUUUUUCUCGGGGCACGGAAUGAUAGGAUUGAACAAUUGAAUCAACUGAAGGAUUAUUUGGAGGAAAAAUGGAAUAAAAAACAAGAUCGAGGAAUACGAGGAUGA